GACUAAAAGUCUAAAACCAAAACUUACCAAUAGCUAGGAAUCAAAGAUAUUUUCCAGUAAUAAUGGAGAUACUAGUUAUGUUGCAACAAGUACUUCUGCACCCAUUUCUUUUCUCUCUUUGCUUCCUAUCUCUUCUUCUCUUCUUUAUAUUCACAACCAGACAAUCAUCAUCAUCAUCAAGUGGCAAAAAAAGCACCUUGCCACCAUCACCACCAAGCUUACCAGUGAUUGGAAACCUUCACCAGCUAGGCACUCACCCGCCCCGGUUCCUUCGAGUCCUGUCCGACAAGUAUGGCCCUCUUAUGUUCAUGCAUUUGGGCAGAGUCCCAACUCUCAUCGUUUCAUCAGCUGAAAUGGUUAGAGAGAUCACUAAGAACCAUGACAUAGCUUUCUCCAAUCGACCACAUACUGUAGCUGGUAAGAUCUUACUUUAUGGCUGCAAAGACUUGGCCUUUUCUCCUUAUGGUGAGUAUUGGAGACUAGCUAAGAAGGUUAGUGUUGUUGAGCUUCUAAGUGUCAAAAGGGUACAAUUGUUUCAGUUCGUAAGGGAUGAAGAAGUUGAUUUAUUGAUUAACACAAUACAAGAAACUUGUCUUUCUAAGAGGUCUGUGAACCUCAGCAAUUUGCUUAUUGCAACCUCUAAUAACAUAAUGGCAAGGUGUAUGCUUGGGCAGAGAGUUGAGGAUGUAAAUGGUCAUCAGACCAGAUUUGGAGAGGUGUCUAGAAAGAUAAUGGUUGAUUUUAUGGCCUUUAGUUUCGGAGAUUUCUUCCCUUUUUUGAAAUGGGUUGACGUUAUUAGAGGAUUGAUUGGUCGUUUGACUGAAAGCUUUAAUGCAAUGGACAGCUUCUUUGAUAAAGUGAUUGAAGAACACAAGGCAGUAAUGGAAAGCAAUGAUGAUUCUUGUCAAAAUUUGAAAGAUGACUUUGUGGAUAUUCUUCUCAAAGUUCAGAAAGAGGAAAAGAAUCUGACUAUGGAGCACUUGAAAGCUAUCUUAAUAGACAUAUUCGUGGGUGGAAGUGAGACUACUUCAACAGCAUUAGAAUGGUUAAUGGCAGAGCUUUUAAGAAAUCCAAGAGUAAUGAAGAAAGCCCAAGAAGAAGUUAGAAAAGUAGUCGGAAACAAACAAAAGAUCGAUUCUAAUGAUAUCAACAAAAUGAACUACUUAAAUUGUAUUAUCAAAGAAAACCAAAGGUUACAUCCCUCACUUCCUCUGUUACUUCCUCGUGAAACAUCAGUAAGUGUAGAAGUUGGAGGUUACCAUAUUCCUGCCAAAACAAGAGUGUUCAUCAAUGCAUGGGCAAUUCAUAGAGACCCCAGUGUAUGGGAAAAUCCAGAAGAGUUCAUCCCUGAGAGAUUUGAGAACAGCCCAAUUGAUCUGUUUAAAGGUCAAGGAGCUCAAGGUUAUGAAUUUGUGGCGUUUGGGUGUGGGAGAAGGGCUUGUCCUGGGAUCUCAUUUGCCAUGGCUAGUAUGGAAUAUACAGUUGCUAAUCUUUUGUAUUGGUUUGAUUGGGAGUUGUUUGGUAAUAAUGGGUCCUCCUCAGAUUUGGAUAUGAGUGAAGUUUAUGGGCUUAGUGUUACAAAGAAAAAAGCUCUUCAUGUUGUUGCAAAACCUUAUUCUCCUUGAGAUUUCUUAUGUGAGAUUAUGAUCAUUUAGUAUGCUUCUAUGUAGUUUUGGGUGAAUAAAGUGUGAAAGGAAACUAAAGUGUUUUCUACAAAAUAAAAUGUAUCAAAGUUUGGUGUAAUAUUUGGCUAUGUUUAUGUUUUUUUAAACAAACUUUGAUUAUAA